AAAAUUGUUUUCCUCGAAAAAAAAAAUCGCAAAUGUGUGUGUUAAAAAAACUUGAUGCUUAUUUGGAAAAAAGUUGCUACCGGUUUUAAUGGAAGGUAUUAAACCGUAAGAAAUAAUUGGAGGAGAACAAUCACUUCCGGAGUCAAUGGGAAAAAUUAAAAUAUUGAGACAUUGCUCUCAUCUCAGCGAAGUGAAAGUGAACAGGAGGACAAUCAGCCGGACAAAACAAAAAUAAAACGGCUCAAAAAUAUUCAUCGCGAGUUCCAACUAUGAUAUGUUCGAGCUUGUGAAAAUAUAAAAGCCGGCGAACCAAUAUUAAAUGAAAGCCCUAUACUGAUAAUUGCUUGCCCUGGUGAUAAGAGAUGCAGUAAUUGCUUUCGGUUGACUCAAAGUUAUUGUAGUAAAUGUUCAAUAACUCCAUUAUGCUCCAAUUGCCGUAGUCAUCAUUUGUAUGAUUGUAACACAUUUUCGCUUAUGUCUAAAGAAGUGCAGUUCGAAAAUUUGCGUAAAAAUCCAGAAUGUUAUGGUUUAUUAAAACUCUUCUUACUCAAAGAGAAUCCCGACACUGAAGAGUAUUUUGCAAAAAUUUUAAAUUUGGAAUCUCAUUUGGAAGAAAGACGCAAUACUGCUAUUUGGCAAGAACAUAAUGAAAAAGUGGUUCAGCCUUUAUUGAAUUGCGGUAUGAAAGAAUAUUUCAAAUAUGAUGACACGUUAGAUGAAGAUUUCAUCCAACGGCUCUGUGGUGUACUGGACGUUAACACUUAUGAGAUAAGAGCACCCGAUCAGGAGGCGAUGCGUGGCCUGUAUUUAAAUACGUCUUCAAUUACUCACCAAUGUAAUGCUAACGCAAAUGUAGCCGUUGAUCAUCAGUACCGCAUCAAAGUCUACGCAAACCGUGAUAUAGGCAAAGAUGAAACCAUCAGCAGCUGCUAUACCAAUGUAUUACUGGGUACCGAUGAAAGACGUCGCAUCUUACAAGAGGGUAAAUACUUCCAUUGCACUUGCAAUCGCUGCGAGGAUCCCACCGAGUUGGGAUCGCACAUGAGCAGUUUUGUUUGUACUCCUUGCAUGACUGCAAACAGAAACGGUAUCGUUGUUAAGAAAACGACGACUGAAAACAAGUACAAAUGGGAAUGUUUGGUUUGUAAUCACAGCAUGCGUGAUGAGCAGAUAAAACUUAUAUUGGAAAAAGCCAAGGAAGAAAUUUAUCAUGCCCGUGACGAUUUAAAGCGCUAUGAAAUCUUAUUGGCCAAGUUAAGUAGAAUUUUACAUCAAAAUCAUUAUCUCAUGAUAGAUAUAAAACAGAGCUUGGCCAACAUUUUAAGAUCAAUCAUAACGAGUAGUAUGCAACGUCCCGGCAGAUGUGUCUACGAGCGUAAAGUGCGUUUAUGUCAGGAAUUGGUAAUGGUUUUGCAUAUUAUUCAACCCGGCAUAUCGAGAUUAAAGGCGAUAGCUUUAUACGAACUUGCCAACGCUUCGGCCGAGUUGUAUCGUUUGAAAUUCGGUGAAAAGGAACUAACUGAUAAAGAAUUAGUGUCCAUGUUGCAACGAUGUGAAGCAAUGUUACGUGAAGCGGCCCGCAUGCUUCUAUAUGAACCGGUUCAAACGCCGGAAGGUGAAUUAGCUCAUGCCGCAAUGGAUGAAUUAAGAGAUAUGCUAAACGAUAUUAAAUUGUUGAAAGAAAAAAUCGACGAAGACAACUAAACAAUUUGUUUGUACAAAUGAGUA